UAUAUAUAUGUAUAUAUAUUUUUUAAAAAUCAUAAUUUAUGUGGCUUUACCCAGUAUUUCGUUAUGUUUCAAAUAUUUUAUAGGAAGUACAUUGAUUUUCUAGCGGAACCUUUGUUUUCAUUGUUUCACUGCGGUUGUAUUUUGAUGUAACACCCAUUGGCAGCCAUUCACAUCCGCGCUCUUGAUUGUAGCAGAGGGGUCUGUAGGGAGAAAGAAACGUUGACUGUUAACACUUUCAGUACCUUUGUUUAUCCAGUAGACAUUUUAAAUAUUUUAUAUAUAUUCAUUCAUUUAUUUAAAUUAGCUCCAAAAGGGCAAAGAAGCUAUUAUUUAGCUAGCUGCAUGCUAAUGUUACCGCAGUGCGUCUGUCAAAUGAGUCCUGAUCACAUCGCCCUCUGAGCUGUACUUUAAACUACGCGGAAAACAAACAUGACGAGUUUUGCCAGUAAAGUGUUUUGCAGAGUCGAGAAGGUGUGUGUCCACCUCCCCGUGUUCCUCAACACUUUCCUUGUGUUCUCCAUUACCGGGGAGGUGAGCUACCUGGUCGUGGUUGAGGCUCCGCUGGAGGCGGACCAGAAGAAGACGGUCUGGUCCUCCUGGUGGAAGGUGGUCCACCUGCUGGCCCAGUACUUUAUGCUGGGAAACAUCUGCUGGAACGCACUGCUUUUCCUCAGAACCAACCCCAGUAUCAAGGGGGUUUUCCUGGGAGGAGAAGGCAUGGGCCAGGGGUGGAGGUACUGUUAUACAUGUGAGACACACACACCUCCACGCUGUUCCCACUGCUACGACUGCAAAGUGUGUAUACUGCGUCGAGACCACCACUGUGUCUUUUUUGGCCAAUGUGUGGGUUUCCGUAACUACCGCUACUUCCUGUGCUGCUUGCUGUUCAUGUGGUCGGGGCUCCUGUAUGCCACGGUGAUGAACGCAGAGGUCUUCAUCGUCAUACUGAAGGAGGGUGUGACUGUGCACAGUGUUUUGCUACUGCUGGUACCCUGGAUCAUGUUAGUGUCUGGCCAGGUCUCUGCACGAGCUUUCGCCUUUGCCUUCAUCGCGGACACAUGCGUGGUGGGAUUCCUGUUGGUGUCCGCCUUCUUCUUCUUCCAUCUCUUCUUGCUGUUCAGAGGCCAAACUACAAGGGAGUGGUACUCAUCCCGCCGUCCCUACAGCCUGGGGCUCCUGGGAAACCUGCGUCACACCCUGGGCCUCUGCUGGUACCUCUGCUGGCUCAGCCCACUCAUCCCCUCACCGCUGCCUGGAGAUGGUAUCCACUUUGAGGUCACAGGGUCACUGGAACCUGCACGAUAACUGAAUGUUAGGAGUUAAUUGGUUUCACUAUAGAGGUGAUGGGAAACCUUAUAGGGAGAAAGGAAGGUCAGGAAGAGGUAGCUUGCGAUGGGGAAGCGCCAAUAUAGUAUGUGGUUCCUAACUGAUAUGCUGUGUUCUAGGACUUUACUGGGUAAACCAGUGUCUUCUGCUCAGGCUUUACCUGUGCUGAGACAACUUAUUGGUUUGAUUUUACGACACAUUGACCUAAAAGUCUGUGCACUCAUUGAGGCUGGAGUAUUAUGCACUGAUAAUAUAUAGAAAAAAGAAAUCACCAAACUGAGAAUGUUUCUAUUGAUUGUGGGAUAAUUACUGUAAAUCGUCUUUACAAGUACUCAGAAUGACCCCUGAUAGGAGGAACCCCUGAAGGACUCUUAACCGAAAACUGGGACCAUGAGAUUUCGAAUAGCUGAGCAUUAAGAUUACACAGAUCUGACUGGCACUGUUCUUGGUUAAACUUAACCAUCAUUAGCCUUCUGUUCUGCGUUAACUACCAGAACUAUGAUGUGCUUGAGAUUUUCACUUUUCUACAUCAGCUCCUAUGCCACAGUCUGAGCUUUUCACUGGCGACUUGUGGAACAUAAACAGCAUUGAGGGAAGGUUCACAACAAUGUCUUAAAUGCUAAACUACAUCUGCAGUGGUACAUAUGUAGCACUGACAAAAAGAAAAAUUGUGUUUGGUUAUGAUCUAGUAUCACUGUUUACACUCUAAUGCAAUGUUAUUAAGCAAAUGCAGUAUUUAAAAUGGGCAUCAGAUAUGAACAGUCUUUCAGUAUGGCUUCAUUCAUAUUACAUUUUAUGAACUGUUAGCUUAUACCUCAUUGUCUCUUUUUGUUUCUUGUAUUGCACUUUUACUUCUAUUGCCAUGUUAAAUUUUUCUGGCCUUAAAAUGUCAUGAGAUAUUUUGUUCAGAAAGGUGCUUCUAUUUGUUUCCAUAUAUUGAUGAUUGUUUGCUUGCUUUAGAAGUAUAUAUUUUACUCCAUUGCACAUGGGUUUGAUGUUUAAAGUUUUUCAUUUUAAGUAUGUAAUGUGUCAAAGCCAAAACAGCAAUUCAACUUGUUAAACAUUUUGUGUUGACGAAUUUGUGCAAUUUGUUUUGUCAGAUUAAAGUUUCAAAUUUUGCAGAGAAUAAACCAACAAUUGAAAUUAGUUUUUA